CGCGCCAUGGCCCGAAGACCCCGGCACAGCAUAUACAGCAGCGAUGAGGAUGAUGAUGACAUUGAGCUGUGUGACCAUGAUUAUGACGGGCUCCUUCCCAAGUCUGGAAAGCGACAUUUGGGGAAAACUAGGUGGACCAGGGAAGAGGAUGAAAAACUAAAAAAGCUGGUGGAACAGAAUGGAACAGACGACUGGAAAGUUAUUGCGAAUUAUCUCCCGAAUCGGACAGACGUGCAGUGCCAGCAUCGAUGGCAGAAAGUUCUAAACCCUGAACUCAUCAAGGGUCCUUGGACCAAAGAAGAAGAUCAGAGAGUGAUAGAACUUGUACAGAAAUACGGUCCGAAACGUUGGUCUGUUAUUGCCAAGCACUUGAAAGGGAGAAUUGGAAAACAAUGUAGGGAGAGGUGGCAUAACCACUUGAAUCCAGAAGUUAAGAAAACCUCCUGGACAGAAGAGGAAGACAGAAUUAUUUACCAGGCACACAAGAGACUGGGGAACAGAUGGGCAGAAAUCGCCAAGCUACUGCCUGGACGAACUGAUAAUGCUAUUAAGAACCACUGGAAUUCUACAAUGCGUCGGAAGGUGGAACAGGAAGGUUAUCUUCAGGAGUCUCCGAAAGCCAGCCAGCCAACAGUGGCCGCAAGUUUCCAGAAGAAUAAUCCUUUGAUGGGUUUUGCUCAUGCGCCACCGUCUCAGCUCCCUCCAACUGGCCAGCCCUCGGUUAACAAUGACUAUUCUUAUUACCACAUUUCUGAGGCCCAGAAUGUCUCCAGCCACGUUCCGUAUCCUGUAGCGUUACAUGUAAAUAUAGUCAAUGUUCCUCAGCCUGCUGCGGCAGCCAUUCAGAGACACUAUAAUGAUGAAGACCCUGAAAAGGAAAAGCGAAUAAAGGAAUUAGAGUUGCUCCUAAUGUCCACUGAGAAUGAGCUAAAAGGACAGCAGGCAUUACCAACACAGAACCACACAUGCAGCUACCCCGGGUGGCACAGCACCUCCAUCGCCGACCACAGCAGGCCUCAUGGAGACGGCGCACCUGUUUCCUGUUUGGGAGAACACCACUCCACUCCCUCUCUGCCGGUGGAUCCCGGCUCCCUACCUGAAGAAAGCGCCUCGCCAGCGAGGUGCAUGAUCGUCCACCAGGGCACCAUUCUGGAUAAUGUUAAGAACCUCCUAGAAUUUGCAGAAACACUCCAGUUUAUAGAUUCUUUCCUAAACACUUCUAGUAACCAUGAAAACUUAGACUUGGAAGUGCCUUCCUUAACUUCUCCCCCUCUCAAUGGUCACAAACUGACUGUUACAACACCAUUCCAUAGGGAGCAGACUGUGAAAACCCAGAAGGAAAACACCAUUUUUAGAACUCCAACUAUCAAGAGAUCAAUCCUAGAAAGCUCUCCUAGAACUCCUACACCGUUUAAACAUGCACUUGCAGCUCAAGAAAUUAAAUAUGGUCCCCUGAAGAUGCUACCUCAGACACCCUCUCACCUAGUAGAAGACCUACAGGAUGUGAUCAAACAGGAAUCUGACGAAUCUGGCAUUGUUGCUGAGUUUCAAGAAAACGGACCGCCCUUACUGAAGAAAAUCAAACAAGAGAAUAUUCUUACGAGUUCUGUUUUAAUGACGCCAGUAUCAGAAGAUGAAGACAGUGUUCUGAAAGCAUUUACAGCACCUAAACACAGGUCCCUGGUGAGCCCUUUGCAGCCUUGUAGCGGUGCCUGGGAACCUGCGUCCUGUGGGAAGACAGAGGACCAGAUGACGGCUUCGUCUCAGACUCAUAAAUAUGUGAAUGCAUUCUCAGCCCGGACUCUGGUCAUGUGAGACAUUUCCAGAAAAGCAUUAUGGUUUUCAGAACACUUCAAGUUGACUUGGGAUAUAUCAUUCCUCGACAUGAAACUUUCCAUGAUUGGGAGAAGAACCUAUUUUUGUUGUGGUACAACAGUUGAGAGCAGCACCAAGUGCUUUUAGUUGGAUGAAAUCUUAUUGGAUUUCGCUCAACUAAAAAGAAUUUUUAAAAAAUAAAUAGCAGUCUUACCUAAAUUAUUAGGUAAUGAAUUUUGUAACCAGUUAAUAUCUUGAAGCAGAUU